AUGAUGAAUGUGGAGACUGUGCUGAGCGCUUCUACGGAAAGUGAUGUUGGUGGAAGCAAUGUGAGACUCUUUUCUCCCAGGCCACCUUCCUUUCGAAAACCUCCCCCUCCUGCUGCUGCCAGAAAACGGUUGUCGCAAGAUCCUCCCGGCGAUACCAUCACACCCGUCGAAGCUGCCAUUUUGGAACUAGUACCACAAGAUGUUGUUGCCAUGAUGGAGGAUUCAGUGGAUCAUGAAUCGACACAAUCUACAUUGACAGGGCCUCCGACGAUUAACUUUGCCAACCAACCUACCGAUGACGAUUGGGAGCAAGAACAUCCCGGUCCUUAUAAUAGAAGAAGUCAACACAGCAGAAAGAGCAACCCGUCGAGGAGCAGCAAGAACAAUAAGGCCAAUAAAAAGAACAAGCAGAUGAGUCCAGCAGCCACCAAACCAAGGCCAUCACCCGCAAAGGCGCGAAAAUAUGAUAGUGACGAGUCGUCUAGUCUUCCAGAAGUGGCGCAAAAAGAUGAUGACCAUGAUACCGACGAAGAAGAUAUUCUUAAUUUCCUCAAUCGAACCUACAACCCGGAACACGAUGACACUGCACGUGACGAGUCAUUAUUGUUUUCGGACCACGUCGACGAGGAGGGUGAACCACGAGAGAGUUACGCACAGCAAAGUGCCUUUUUGAAUCCGGAUGUUCCAAAAGCAAAUCGUAAUUUGAGAACCUCCCUAGACGAAGGGGUACACAAAUCCCAACCGCCACCACCACCACCAAAUCGGGAGGAAAUGCAAAGGGUUCCCUCCAAACAAUCCAUGGAUUCGACGAUUGAUACUACUCAAAGGACUGCUCCAAAGAACAGGCGGCAACGGCCAUCAUCCAUACCUCAAUUCAAACAAGAAGAUGAUGUGGAUUCGGAUCUGACACCCGUCAUGAAGUCACCUCAUCAUACCAAGAAGCCUUCCCUCCUGCAAGCCAAGCAGCAAAAUAAGUCAAGAGGCAAUACUCAAAAAGCCUCGGAUUUGAAAUCACCUCCCUUUCAAGCAAGUCCCGUGGCCAAAACAAAGCCAUCGGCCAGCAGCAAGAAACAAAAGCCUCCACCGUCGAAAUCCAAACGACCGACAAGGCCCGGAAAGAGAAAGGAGGCAACUUCCAAGGAUAACAAUGUAGCUGCUGCAACCCCAUCCAAAUCGAAACGAUCCGAAAGGCCAGCCAAGAAAGAACAAGCCAAACCAGCGGUGUCAUCGCGUGAUGAUUCCCAAGACACCGCCGACGCUGUGAAGAAGAAGAAAAGCUACAACCGACAGAAAAAGGCACCACCGCCACCACCAUCACCCAAAAUCAAAUCGCCCACUUCGGUCUUGGACGAUCCCAACUUGACUCAAAAGGCACCGAAAACAUCCACAAUGCAGCGAGCAAUAAAUGAUCCCUACUUGUCAGAUGCAGAUAGCUCCUUUUCCUCCUACAAGUUUUUUGGCAAAACAACAAGGCCUGCUAACCAACAACAGCAACAACAACAACAACAACAACAACAGCAACAACGAAAACAGGAUCGGAAUGCUCUCUUGGGAUUGGACGAUGCCUCUUCGACAUCUUCUUCCUUCUUGUAUGGAAAUGGAAAUAAUAUGGGUCCCAGUCGAACCGUUCCAAGCCCAGGACAAAACUCAAGCAGUAAAAGAAGUAGGCCGGACCAUCCAAACGAUCGAAAUGCACUUUUGGGAUUGGACGACGACGACGACGACGCUUCUUCCAAAUCCUCGUCUUUGUAUAAUAAUGCAAGGCGUCCCACUCGAAUCUUUGGAAGCCGGGAUGAGGAAGAUCGUCAUUCUCAACUGUUGGGAUAUGAUGAUUUUGACGACGAGGGUGACGGUGAUUCGUCCUUGGAGGAUUUUCUGCGCCAACCGCAACAACCGGCACAAGCUAGAAAUAUGAAUCGUGGCGCACCACAGCAUCAUCAACAACAACAACAACCACUGAAUUCCUUUUCGCAAAUUCCCAUUCAUCCCGACAUGACACCAGAAGAAUGGCAGAUUGCCCAAGAACAAAUUAGAUUUUUGGAAGGUGAAUUGGACAAGGUCAGUGCCCUGUGUCAAGAAUUGACGGAAGCUGUCGAAAAGGAAGAGGAGGAGGAAGGUGACGGCGCAAGAGGAGGAGGAGGAGAAGGUGGUGAUCAGCCACCCAAUGGUGAUUGGGCCCGAGCCCAGCAACAAGUCAAGUAUUUGGAACAAGAAUUGGAAACCGUCCAAGAAUUGUGCAACUUGCUCACCAACACGGCGGCGGAAUCGACGGAUGCCAUUGAAAUGUUGGAAGCCGAAAAACAACGCUUGCAAGAUUUGAUUGCCCGACUGGAAAAAGCCUUGAACAAAAGCAAAUUCCGGAUGGACAAACAACAAAAAGCCUUGGAGGAAUUAGUCCAAGAAAAUGAUUCGAAAUGUUGCAGUUGGUGUUGGGAUUGGAUAUCGGAACCAGUCGUUUGGUUUGUUUCGUACUUGUAUCGGAUUGAUUGA